AUGGGAGAUGUCUUCCAGGAUAAUCGACAAUCCGUUAUCGGAUCCGACGACUUUGACAGAGGUCUCACGUUAUCCUCUCGCGGGUCAUUCGAACUCGAUGCCCACAACCGACGCUGGAGCAUGAUGUCGCUCGAGCAACAGCAGAGCAUUUCUCCCACCCAUCCGCCGCAGCCCUCAGACACGUACUUCGCGCAGCCCGCGCCUCGUCGUCAACCACGUCCGCAGGUGCGCUGCAUGUGCUCAUCGACCAGCGCUCUGAGCAGCGAGCAGAUGAUCCAGUGCAGUUCAUGCACUCAGUUCUUGCAUUGUGCUUGCGUGGGCAUUGGUCCAGACACUGUCCAUCCUCCCAAGUUCACUUGUUGGUUGUGCACUAGACCAACAAGACUGCAAGCCAGCAAUCGCAGCUGA